AUGGUGCUGUCGUGGUGUUGGUUGCGUUUUGUGGAUGUGGAGGUGGUGACGUCGAUUAAGAAAGUCACAUACACUUUUACCUUUACUGCGAGCGCCGCGAUCAAACCGGACUGCAACGCCAAAACACACAUACGAACCAUCCAACAAAAACCGGGUCCACCACAACAACAUACAUCACGCAUGUCGUUCUUCCCAAUCAUACCUUCAGUAUCGCUCUACAGCUCCAUCCUCGCUCCCUCACCAGCACACCAUCACUACCACGAGCAAAUCGCCGCCCACCACGCCACCCACAUGGACCACCACGCCCUCACAUCCUUCCUCUCCCACCUCCUCGCCCCAGUCUCACACAACCAAUGCACAUCCUCAGCGCCCUGCUCAACACCCCCACCGCUCAGCGAGUCUUGCCCACCGCAAAAGACAUGUAAAGAACCCCACAUAAUCCGCCUCGCCGAAGAAGAAGAACUCGCGCGCCUCCAACACGGCGAGCAAGACGGCACGCCAUUGUGCCGCGAAGGCGACAUCGAAGUGUGGCAUCAGCAACCGCAUCCGCAUCCGCAUCAGAACGAGGGAAGGAGGGAUUCGAUGGAGGCGGCGAAGAAGAGUCGGAGGGGGAGUUUGGAGUGGUUGGCGGGUGCUAUUAGGGAGAGGAGGGUCCACGUGUAG